AUGUACAUGUCCCCACCGGAGCUGGUAGCCGCAAGGGAAUAUCCAUUCGCUUACUCUGAGCAUCUGGAUGUCCAGUACUACGGUAGCAAGAUCCUGUUUUCACUACAAAUUGGACGUCGGGGUGAAUGUCGUGUAUUGGCUGAAACCUUGGACGAAUUUAAAUGUCUUCUCAAGUAUCUUACUGAGAAGAAGCACAAAUUUUUUACUUACGACACCAAAACUGAACGUGUGUUCAAGGUUGUCAUGAAAGGACUGCCCAGUGGUGAAUCCCUGGAUCAGAUCAAAGAUGAACUGGCAAAAUUACUUGGAGUUGUGCCACUCCAAGUAAUCAAAAUGAAAAUGAAAUCCCAUCCUGGCGAUUCGCGCAACGGGAUUUCUAAUGAUUUUUAUUUAGUUCACUUCAAGUCUAGUGAACUAAACAACCUUAAGGCCUUAGAAAAAGCUAGCCUUAUGCUCCAUGUCCGAGUGAAGUGGGAACACUUCAGGAAGACUGGAGGAAAUUUCCAAAACCUCACCCAGUGCCGUAAGUGCCAGGGAUGGGGUCACGGAACUAAAAAUUGCUACAUGCCAGCUAAAUGCAUGAAUUGUGGUGAUUCCUCUCACGCAAAGGACGACUGUCCUGUGAAGGAAGAUCCUAAGAAAUUUAAAUGUUCAAAUUGUGGUGAAAACCACAAAUCCAAUUUUUGGGAAUGUAAGACUCGCAAAGCGAUCCUACAAUCU